AUGAAGCUUAAGAAUCGGGUCAAGAACACGUUGGAACUAAUCAAGGGCAUAUGCAAGUUGCACGAACUACUUCGCCAAAAUUAUAUAUAUGGUGUACUUGCAGGAUUCUCGACUGCCAAGGAACUUGUUCCAGUGGUUGUAUACUGGAGUAUCAACAGUCUUGUAGCUUGCAUGAUUCAGAUGUAUCGUCUGGCCAGCGAGGAGGACAACACACAGGAUCUAUCGCCCUUGGCCAAGAAAAUCGAGACCACCUACGACUCACUUAAGGAGAAGAUUAAACUUGGCCAUCGACAGAAAGGGGAUGCAUGUUGGGAAAAUGAUUUUGAAUAUUGCAAAAUGGAUGACCAUUUAGAAAUACCUGAAGAAAUCGCAGGGGCUUUCAUGGAUGCGUUGAUUGUCACCAACGAUAAGUUGCAGAUUGAUGUUAUUGACGGCUCUACGGCCAAUACACAAAAAAAAGGGUUAGCUCUUGUUAGCAUCAACGUGCUGAAAAAGAAGAAUAUUUUAUUGCUUAUUUCGAGCCUAGACAUCUCUGAUGAUGAGAUCUCGAUUGUGAAAUUAGCAAUUGAUGAUGAAAUAAGGAAGAAAGGCCAGUAUAAAAUUGAAUGGAUCCCAAUUGCGGAGCAAUGGACUGAUCAUGAUACGCAAAAUAAGUUUGAGUCACAAUGUUGCAAGAUGAAAAGCUGGUAUAUCCUGCGCUACUCUUCACUAGAAGGCAUAGAAUUAGAUGAGUACUUGAGUAAUUAUGCAGAGGAGUGGCAGUUCAAGGAGCCUAUGGUGGUGGUGAUCAACCCACAAGGGGAGUUGGAAAACCCAAAUGCAUUCCGCGUGAUUCGGCUAGCGGGUAUGGAUGCAUUUCCGUUCACCAUGGCAAAGGAAAAGUCACUUGUACCUGUGCCCAAUAUACCUGUACUUGGGCAUCCAAAAAUAGAAAAGUCGCAUGUACUUCUUGUGAACAUGAGUGAUAUGACUGGACCGUACAAGCUGAAAAUAUACAAGUUCUACUAUGGAGGUAAGGAGAAAGUGUGGAUCCAACAAUUUACCAGCAAAAAGAAUAUUCUAGUUAACGAUCCAGUCAUAAGGAAUGCAAAAGUCUGCAUAGAUUUUUGUUUCGUAGGAAAAGGCCGGCUCAUAAUCAAUCAGGACAAGAAAUUCGAGUCGGAUGAAGAAAAGAACUUUAAGCUGCUAAUCAAAAGCGAGUUUCAUUUGCUCAAGAAUAAGGAUGGAUGGCUUGUGCUAACCGAAGGGAGUACGGUACUAAUAUUCACUUCUAAUCAGGGCGCGAAAAUCCUGAAGGUCUUUGACGAGUUAGACAAUUGGAAGAACAGUGUGCAGCUCGAGAAUGAUUUCGAUGCAUGUUUCAAAGAGUACCAUGACAAGCUUCUUUAA